UUCUCCAUAGUUCAUCUUCAUAACUUACCAUCUCCAUUCACAAAGCACUCUCUCUCUCUCUCUCUACACCAUUUCCAUGUUUGAAGUUGCAGUGCAAGAACUGAUCAGCAAUCUUCUUUCUGUAUCUAAUCUGUAUAUACCCAUCAGAACUGAUUAUUUUUAGAUUUCCUUCUGGUCCUUGACGUUUUGAUUUCAGUAUUGCAAGUAAUUAUGAAGAGGAGGAGGAUCAGGCAUUACGAAAUCACAAUCGUCUUCUUACUAUUUUUGGUGUUCUGCUUCAUAUUUCAGAUCAAUUUCUCUUUCAUUUCACGUUCAAACGACAUUCUUCCAGGAAAAGAAGAAUUGAAACUAAAGGCGGCGUUCAAGCAGAAUCCAUUAUCUUUACAAUCGCCGUCGCCGUCGCCGUCCUUCUCUGAAUCACCUCAACCCACAGAAAUCAACUGCGACCGAUCUCACAAAUCCUAUGAUCUUUGCACCAUUAACGGUCCAACAGUUUUGGACCCCACCAUAGCCACAUUCUAUACCUUGGGCCACCAAGAUCAUGUCCCACCAUCUUACAAAGUGGAGAAAAUGAAGCCUUACCCUAGAAAAUGGGAGAGUUCGACGAUGAAAAGGAUAAGAGAGAUUACUCUCACUUCAGGCCCACCAGGCCCAUCAUGUCAAGUCCAACACAAUGUUCCUGCCUUGGUCUUUUCUGCGGGAGGCUACACAGGUAACUUUUUUCAUGAUUUCAAUGAUGGAAUUAUCCCCCUUUUUAUCACCGUUCAUUCUAUCUUCACUGAUGAUCAAGAAUUUGUCCUUGUGAUAUCAAAAGCUCGUGAUUGGUGGGUGAAUAAGUAUGCAGAUUUAUUACAAAGCUUUAGCAAACAUCCUAUUGUAAACCUUGAUAAUGAUUCCUCCACCCAUUGUUUUACUUCUGCCACAAUAGGCCUCAUUUCUCAUGGACUUAUGGCCAUUGACCCUAAAUUGCUACCAAAUUCACAAACGUUCUUCCAUUUUCGUGCCUUCUUAGAUAGAGCCUAUGGUCGUCACCAUGGUGAAAACCAUCCCAUCAAAUCCAAUUCUUCGAAACAAAGGCCUCGAUUAUUAUUAAUAAGUCGUAAUGGUGACGUUGGACGUGUAAUUCUAAAUCAAAUUCAAGUAAAAAAAUUAGCCAAAAAAAUCGGUUUUGACGUGACCAUAUUUGAACCUACAACUGAGACUUCAUUGUGGAAAGCUUAUACACUUAUUAACUCAACCCAUGCUAUGGUUGGAGUGCAUGGUGCAGCACUUACACACUCGUUGUUUCUCCGACCAGGAUCGGUGUUCAUGCAAGUGGUGCCCCUAGGCAAUGAAUGGGUAGCUAAAUAUUGUUUUGGAAAUUCAGGCAGGACUAUGGGAUUGGAGUACAUGCAAUACAAGAUUGGAGUGGAGGAAAGCACUUUGGUAGAUAAGUAUGAUAGGAAUAGCCUGUUACUAAAGGAUCCAGUUGCUUUUCAAGGAAAAAAUUGGUCAAAUGAUAUUAUGAAUAUAUAUUUGAAAGAGCAAAAUAUUAAAUUUGAUUUGGUUCGAUUUAGACAGUAUUUAAAGAAUGCAUACAGAAAAGCUAAAAGGUUUAUGAGCAAAAAAGGAUAGGGAUAGAAGAGGGGCAAGAAUUAUGAUUAAAUGUAUUCUAUGCAACUAUUUGUUUGUAUAAAUAUUUAUUGAUAAAGAAUUAAUAUUAUUCC